AUGCUUGUGCACUCCCCAGCUUCGCCUCCGCACACUCCCCUGAAUUCGCCACCGCGCAUUCCUCUCUGUCGUCCACGCCCACUCCCCUCCCUACCCUCGUUCGCCCACGCACACUCCCCACAUGCCCCCGCCCAUUCCCCUCUGUCGCGCACGCACACUCCCCUCGUCCGCCCCCGCGCACUCCCCUCGUCCGCCCUCGCGCACUCCCCUCCCCCCGCGCACUGCCCUCUUUUGCGCAUGCACCCACGCACACUCCCCUCGUCCACCUCCGCGCACUGCCCUCUUUCGCCCCGCGCACACUCCCCUCGUCCGCCCCCGUGCACUCCCCUCUUCCGCCCACGCCCACUCCCCUCCCGUCGGUCACGCCCCGCAUCCCUUCGUCGCACACGCUUCCUCCAAGAAGUCGCCCACUCUCACUCCCCUCCGUCACCCCUCCGUGCUGGUUUAUUAGCAGCAUACCCCGUCCUCUCCCACUUUGCAACCCUCAACUCACUCCCCCCCUGCUGCCCCUCCUUUCCUGGACUGCUUCCCCUCCAUCCCACCCUCUGCUUCCCCUUUUUAGGUCACUGCCCUACGUCCAUCUCCCCCGUAUCCCCUCUCUGCCUUACACCCGACCUCCCCCUGCCCCCCUCUCCCCUUGCCCCCCUCUCUGCCUUACACCCUUCCUCCCCCUGUUCCCCCCCCCUCUCUGCCGAACGCCAUUCUCCCCCUUUUUUCCGCUUCCAUACGCCCUUCUUCCCCCUUCCCCCUCUCUGCCUUUCGCCCCAGUCUGCUCCCCUUCCCCUCACUGGCAUACACACCUCUUCCAACUCUGACCUCUCUGCCUUGCGCCCUUCUACCCCCCAUUCCCUCUCCUCCCUACACACUUCUGCCCCCUCACACCUCACUGCCGUAGACCUUCGGCCCCCUUUCCCUCACCUCCCCCCACCCUUCUUCCCCCACUACCAUAUCUGCCUUAAAACCCUUCUUCCCCUUCUUCCCUUACUCCCCUCGCUCGCAAAUAGCCCCCCAACUACCUCAUUCCACGCACACUCUAUUAGGUCCCUUACUCCCCUCGGCCAUACCCCAAGCUCCUAA